AGAAGGCUAUCCUGUCUGUCAGUCAAGUGUCAUUUCAGGUUCGCUCGAGUGUCAGAUUAGUUAUUUUUAUUAUAGGAAAUUGAGGAAAAUUCACCUGAAAUUAAUGAAACUGUGUUUUCAGUUAAAACUAGGGAUUUGUUAAGCUAGUUAUUGUUAUAAUUUCAUGUACUGAUUAAGAAUACCUCGUGUACUUUUUUAUCUGGUCAAUAAAAUUUAAGAAUCUUGUUUGAGAAAAUUCAAUUCAAAAAACAAUAAAAGCCUCACCAAGGAGAUGUGUUGGCAAGAAUCUAAAAACUUUUAUUAAGGUUUUUUUCAUGUAGGUAAGUGACUAAUAGUUAUUUUUUAUUUUUACAACGUUAUACAUAUUUUACUAAGGUAUGAGGUAGGUACAUAAGUGUUAAUAGAAGAAGGUGAUAAUUUAAAGUUGUGUGAUAAAUAGGAACCUAAUUCAUUUAUGGACGAAGUUUAAUCUAAAGGACUUCUAAAGAAAAAUAGUCAAUUACUUAGGAACUUGUAACAUUUUCACAAUUACACAUUUUCUUAACAAGAAGCUUGUUUCAGCUAAGUAUAGCUGAUAUAAAAGCAUAACCCAUAAUACGCUUGUAUUGUAGUCGCCAGAAUACAGACCUUGAUUAUGACCUCACAUUACUGUUUGAACAGGUGGCCAAGUUAAUAAUUGGAUCUGAAGUCUUAUAAUUAGGAUCAGAUUUUAUCAUAACAGGAACUACUUGAACUAUUCGUCGUCGCGGGCCGGGAUGUGGCGCGGCGCGCGCUGGCGGCUGGGCGCGGCGCUGGCGCUGGGCGCGCUGCUGCUGUGGGCGUGGCGCGGCGGGCCGGGCGGGCCGGGCGCGGCGGUGUACGGGCGCGCGGGCGGCGCGGCGCCGGUGGCGGGCCGCGAGCUGCCGCUCAUCUUCAUCGGCGGCGUGCCGCGCUCGGGCACCACGCUGAUGCGCGCCAUGCUGGACGCGCACCCCGACGUGCGCUGCGGCCAGGAGACGCGCGUGGUGCCGCGCAUCCUGCAGAUGCGCCAGCACUGGGCGCGCUCGCAGAAGGAGAGCGUGCGCCUGGAGCAGGCGGGCGUGUCCAAGGCCGUGCUGGACAACGCCAUCGCCGCCUUCUGCCUGGAGGUGAUCGUGCGCCACGGCGACCCGGCGCCGCGCCUGUGCAACAAGGACCCGCUGGUGCUCAAGAUGGGCACGUACGUGCUGGAGCUGUUCCCGAACGCCAAGUUCCUGUUCAUGGUGCGGGACGGCCGCGCGACCGUCCACUCCAUCAUCACGCGUAAGGUGACGAUAACCGGGUUCGAUCUUUCGUCGUACCGUCAGUGCCUGACGAAGUGGAACCACGCCGUGGAACUGAUGUACCAGCAGUGUAAAGCUCUCGGCUCGGACAAGUGUCUGCUGGUUCGCUACGAGGCACUGGUGCUGCGGCCCGAGGAGACGCUGCGGCGCGUGCUGGGCUUCCUGGGGCUGCCGUGGGACGAGGCCGUGCUGCACCACGAGCGCUACAUCAACCAGCCCGGCGGCGUCGCGCUCUCCAACGUGGAGCGGUCGUCGGACCAGGUGGUGCGGCCGGUGAACCGCGACGCGCUGGACAAGUGGGUGGGCCAGCUGCCGGCCGACGUGCGCGCCGACAUGGCCGAGCUGGCGCCCAUGCUGUCGGUGCUGGGCUACGACCCCUGGGCCAACCCGCCGCGCUACGACGCGCUGCCCGCGCACCGCCGCGCGCCCGCGCCCGCCUCGCCGCCGCCGCCGCCGCCGCCCUAGUCCGCCAAUACACGCCUGCAGCCGCCGCCCGCCUUUCAUUUCACCCCCCUCGUUCCGGCAGGACUCGCGGCCCGCCAGGCGACGGCGCCGGAACGUUUCGCGGCCCGCGAGGCCCGAGACCGACUCCGACCUGAAUAACUUGUAACGUAGUCGGCCACCCACCACUCGAUACUAAUAGAAUCUCAUAAUGAUCGCACGAAACUGUACUGUUUUUUGUAACCUUGCAUUUAACAGUUUUGACGCAUUUACCGCUGUGAAUGCAUUGACCGAUAAAGUUUGAAGAGUGUACUUAAAUAUUGACGCAUGUAUAAAUCUCUUGUGCCAAGGCAGAUUACUAUUUUUAAAUGAACGCUUCUAAAAUUCAGACAAAUUUCGAUUAAAGUGUGCGCAAAGCAAUGGUCCUGACGACAGAUUGUCGCGAAGUUGUUUCGCUGAUUCGUUUCGGUACGUAAAUGAAUAAUUGUUUUGAAUCCGGCCGAGGCUAGAAACAAUAAACACUCGUUAUCGUAAAAUUUGCAGUUCUACCGGUUAACGGAUAGUUGUUAUUAAAU